AUGAAGGACGAGUCUCCUGGAAGCCACUCAGCUGGCGAGGAUUACGGGAUGCGGGCUAAGGAGGAUGCCAACAAGUAUAAACGGAACUACCGCGCUUGUCUCAAUUGCAGAGUCCGUAAGGUGAAGUGUGAUUUGGGUCCUGUGGAUAGUCCCAGAGAGGGCAAGUGUGCACGAUGUCUUCGGGAGCGUAAAGACUGUGUGUUUGUUGAGCUGAAGCGAGGCGGGGCCACCAACGUCAUCAUGGGGCGACAAAAACGGAAAUACGAUGAGGUGGCUGAUGAAACCUACAGCAAUAAGCCAAUUGUCAGGGAUAAUUUUACCAAUGUGACGCUGCCGCCGCAAGGUAUGGUGCCGCCGCUGGGAUCAAUGCCGAUAGCGCCCCCACUGAAGCUUCCGCUGGUGACGCUGAUGCUCCAACGUAACAACGAGCAAAUUUUGACCGAAUCACAAACGCCGCCGCCUUCGGCAUCAGCCCCGCCUCCAGCCUCGGAUCAGGCGCCGCCACUGGCGGAACUGAGUCAUUUUUCCACUAUGGAAGGGGCACUUGUGUUUUUGGCUAAAGCCGCAGGUACCAUCGCCAAGGCUGACGAGCGUGAUAAUAUUGAUGCCAUGAAGCGUCACCAGCAGAUCGCGCUGGAGGAACAAGAACGUCGUCACCUGGAUACCCAUAUCAGCACCGUGUCUGACGGGAUCUCGCUGUCCACGACGAUGACUCGCGAUCCCACUAAUUUGGACAUGCUCCUCAAUUCUCAGCUGCCUCACCAGCUGCCUCCAUUAACACGAACGGCGCUGGUACCGGAGUAUAUUCAGCCACUGAAGCGUACUCGGAUGAGGAUGCCUCCGGCGGAAAACGGGUAUGUGGUUCGUCCUCGGGCGUCGAAUAAGCUCAGUAACAUUGACUACAUUGGGGAAGGGGGUAUUGUCAGUGAGGUUGAGGCUGAACGACUCAUCAACUACUUCUUCAGCACCAUGCACCCGUUUUUCCCCCAUUUGCCAAAGUUUCUUGAGCUGCCCAAUGUGCUCGCCAACUACCCAAUUUUACUCUGUGCUAUUUUGACCAUUGCCCUGCGCUACCACCCUUUUGAGGAUAACGUGGGUACUACUGGUGGCGGGGGAGUACCGCGGAACAUUGAGGUUCACGACCGUCUUUGGCUCUACGUGCAACGUCUCAUCUCGCAGACAGUAUGGGCAGAGGCGCUGACGCGGUCGUUAGGUACGGUAUUCGCGUUCUUACUCUUCACCGAAUGGAACCCGCGAGCCAUCCAUUGGCGCUGGCUGGACUACGCCAAUAAGGCCGAGGACCCCGAAACCGACGUGGGCGGGGUGAACGGUGCUGGGGCACUGGCAGGAGCUAAGCCGGCGGCUCACGACACGCUGGGGGAGAAUCUUGCGGGGCUUGGUGCUAUGCGGAGACUGUAUCGUAUGGCGUGGAUGUUGAUUGGGCUGGCGGUGAGACUCGCUCAAGACAUGGGGUUUAUGGAGAUCUCUCCCAAGACAUUCUUAGCGACGCAUUUGGCAGAAAUCAACUCAGUGAUGAAUAUCAGUCGGCGCUCGAUGUUGGCUCAUCUGUUGGCCGAAGUUGAACUCGAUGAGGAUGAUGUUAGUGUCGAGCAAAUGGAACAACUGGAGGAUGUUGAUGACAAGAUUAUCAAGAUGACCGAAGAACAACUCAAACGUCUCAGUAGCGAACACGUGCUUCGGUUCACUGAGCUGCAAAAGGCACAGAUAGAGUUACUUCAAAUCAUGCUGGUGGGACAUGAGGCUCUCUAUGGGUACAAGGCUCAACUUGGUAGUCUUUCCCAACGGCAAAAUCUUAUGAUUUUGAAUAUUUUCAGUCCGUUGAUCAACAACUGGGGUCGCAAGUACCGCCAUUUCUUGGUGCCGCUGACGACGAAAAUGCUCCGCAAUGUGGCUAAUCUUCAGCACGUAUGGAGCAACCCCAACAGCAAGGUUGCCAAGGAGAUCACUCAGGCUAUUGAGCAAGAGCUGUUCAUCUUUGAGUUCAACUACUUGAAGCUUUACAUUUUCUCGCUUGCGUUGUCACCGACACCACCGACGAAAGUUCUGAGUAAACUGAAGCGGAAGCCGGCGCUCAAGCUUGAUGAAAUCAGCCGUCUGGCGAAAUACAUCGAGCAAGCAUUCACCGCUGCCAACGAAAUGUUGAUUAGUGCUCACCGAGUACACAAGCUUAAGAUGCUUCGGUUCAUGCCCGUACGUUGGCUUACUCGGCUUGUGAGAGCAGUGGCGUUUAUUGUUAAGUGCUACCUUACCAUUACCGCUCAUAAGCGUCUGCAAAGAGUACCGCAAAACCAGCUGCUGCUGUACGACAUUGAUCUGACGGUGCUUUCGUUGUCGCUUAUCUCUAUCGACGAUAUCAUUCAAAGUAUCCAGCGGGCUGCCAUUACGCUCCGGGACUGUUCCCCCGAUGAGUUGCAUUUGUGCACUCGUUAUAGUAAUAUUUUGAUGUACUUGUGCCUGGAGAUGAAGACGACCAAGACUGGUGAUUCGGACGAGGUCCCGGCUAAUGUUGCCACUAAUGCCACAGCCACCAACGACGCCGCUACUGCUGCCAGUGGACCUGCAACCUCUACCACCAAUACCAACUCUGACGACUUGAAUGACCCGCUGAACUUCAGUAUCCCGUUAAAGAUGUUCGACAUCAAUUUUGGUGAUGAUGCUCUGGCCAAAGUCACUGGCACCACGUCGUCGCCGUCGACAGGAGGCACUCCCAACCAAGUGAUUGGUGAUCUGGAGGUGAUGGAGUGGUUCGUCAAUGACCGCAACAUCGGGCUUGACUUUGUGGGUCCGUGGACGGAGAUGAUUGAGCAGCAGCUCAACAUGAACGAGCCGCUGUUCAACUUUGAGGACGGAUUAUAG